AUGAACCGCCAGUGCGAUUGUGCGAUAUGCCUCAACAAGGGUCCAACAGUCUCUCUACUGACCAUCAAGCAACAUCGAGCAAAACACGGCUUGGGGCCUCCUAAAAUUCAACCUCAGCAGCCUUCGUCAUCAGAUCCAACACCCUCACCGGAUCCAGCACCAUCAUCUGAUUCAUCAACACCAUCUGCUUCAAAAUCAUCAUCCAACAUGACACAGGAUGUGGUAUCCUCGAUACAUGACGAGAUCCUAAGGACUAGUUUAAACUCAAUUGUAAAUCUUAGCCAGCAACCUUUAGGUGCAGCAGCUGCAAAACGUACCGACGGAAAUUGGCUAUUCCUCUGUGUUGCGCUGGUGACAUACCUUCAUGUUGUUGCUGGAGUCAGCAGAAGGGUUGUCGAUUCAACUCUCAAGAUUUUACGCCUCAUCUUAAUCCAAUUCAGCCAAAACAUCUCCCUUCACAAGUUUGAUGAAGAUCUUCUCAAGACUUUUCCGACUAGUAGUGCUACAGCAUUGAAAUGGUUGGAAAUCGAAUCUGUUCUAGAGCGCAGUGUUUGUUGUCCGAAAUGUUUCAAGAAAUACAGAAAUCCCGAAGGCGAUGAGCCUCCAAUUCCUAAGUUAUGUACACGUAAAGAAACCGAACGUAGCAACUGGACGCUUAGAAAUCACACGGAUCACACUCGUCAAGCAAAUGCCUGGAAAGAUGCUCCAACUCAUAAUGCUCGAAAGAAACUGUUUGAUACCUGUGGGGUCCGAUGGUCAUGUUUAAACAAAUUAGAAUACUGGGAUCCGACAAAGAUGGUCGUGGUUGAUACAAUGCACUGUAUCAGUGGAAUCCUUGAGUACCAUUUCAGACGGGUAUGGAAUCUUGAUGAAUUAGGCAAAACCCUUGAUAAAGAAAAGGACGACUCGAAACUCAGCAACCUCUUGCAAGAAGCAAUUGAUACGGACAUUUCAAUGAACGACACGUGGGAACCUUUUCAACCUGAUCUGGACCAAGCAAUGGGCUUCUCAAAUAGUGACACUUCAUCUUUUUCAAACAGUACAGGUCGAAGAGUAGGAAACUUAUCGCUUAAUCCAUGUACAUUGACAGUAUUAGAAGAAGGCCUUGGUGAUGACGAAAUGGAUGACAUUUAUGAUGAUGAUGGAGAACCUCUUAGUGGGACGGACAAAUCUAGUAUUCCAGACGACCUUUUAAGUACUGAAGCUCUCAAAAAAAUUCGCUCAGCAAUUGUCCACACAACAAUUCCAUCGUUGAUGUCCCCUCCUCCUUCCAAUCUAGGAAGUGCUUCACAUGGAAAACUGAAAUCAUCCGACUGGGUUGUCCUUGCCACAGUUCAUAUUCCUUUCGUCAUAUUCCAGCUUGUUGACUUGGGCAUGAUUGCGCCAGACAUAGCAAUCAAUGCCCUUCAUCUAUGCAGUUUGACUGAAAUCGUUAUGAAUUAUCAAAGCUCUAUGACAAAAAUUCAGAAUUAUUUCAAUCAUCUCACUGCCUACCGAGCCACCCUACAGAAACUUCGAUCCGAUUUAAAGCCAACUCCAAAUCAACACAUGGCUUUCCAUGUCCCGUUUCAGCACUUCAACUAUGGUCCGUCAGCUUACUUGGCAGCCUGGCAGUUUGAGCAAUACAACGGUAUUCUACAACGAAUUCCAAACAAUCGAAAGAUAUGGGAACUUGAUUUGACAAUGCUUCGACAAGUCUGUCGAGCAUCAAAUCUGGCUGUGUCACUAGACUCUCCAGAUCUACCAGAGUGCGUGAGGGAAGUAGCUCCUCUUAUGCAGUGUGGUAAAAAGUUGUCUUCCUCUAUUGGCGAGAUUCCCCUUGACGAAGAUUCUGCAACAUCAACAUCAACAAAAGCGAUCAUAAAUAUGUCAGAUAACCUCUGCUCAGCCACUUAUCAAGCUCUGCUCCGAAAACUCAAUCCUCACAAUCCGUCUUCCCAGCAUCAGUUAAAUCAAGCCAUCACCUCUCAAAAACUCAUAUCUUCACGGGUAAAGUUUGCAAAACAGAUCACUUGGUCAGGCCACACUCUCACAAAAUAUGAGAGUAGCUGCAAGAACGGAAUUAUUGAAUACAACCCGACUCACAACCCAGAAGCGCCAGUAUUUGGUCAAGUUCUCCAGAUAUUCCACCAUACUCGCUGGUGUACAUCAACUUCUCAAGACAUACAAGAGACCUUCAUAUCACUUCUUAGAUAUCGGGCGUUGAACGAGAGUGAUGGCUUACGCAACCCUUUCAAAAACUGGUCAGACCUCAACAUACAAUUAUUUUAUACAAAUCCAACAAAGGCUCACAUGGCACAAGGAUUUGGUUUGGUUCCCGAAUUGAUACCUGAAGUCAUACAGCUUCAUCAAGUCCGUUAUCCCACUGCAUCAUACAAUUACAAAUCAAGAACUUUUGGUAUUUCACAACCAACAAUCGCUGUAAAAUCUUUGAGCCGCGGUCGUCAUACUUGGUCAUGA